AUGCAUCUGAAGAGACUGUUUAAAAAAAGUCCUGGGCGAAAUGACACAAAGGCCCCCCCCGCUGCUGCGGCCUCGCCCACAUUGCCUACAGGGAAUGGCGAACUUCAACUUCCCACUAAACCACAUACAACCGAAACCACUUCUACACUGACAGGGCCCUCUACAAUCCCACGAGAUCUGUGGCGCGAGGCCUUAGAGACACUACCGAAGCAGAUACAGCAAGAGCUCAAUACGGAAGGGACGGAGCAGAAGCCUCUGGGAAUACAGAUUAGUGAGCUAUUGGAAGUCACUAGGAAAAGACAAGAGGAAUGCGAGCGGAAAUUCUGGAAAUUUCGGGUGGGCGAUCAUGAGAUUGUCCUGCGUGAUUAUGCCGUCAAGACUGUCGGAUGCCUACAACAGAUUGGCGACAUUGCGGUAAUGUUUGCGCCGCCUCAGGCCAGCAUACCAUGGUCUGUUAUCAAGAUGGUUAUGCAGACAGCUGUUGUCGAGUCUGCACAGAUGUGUGCGCUGCUUGCAAGUGUCGAGAAGAUUGUCCGCAUUGUCAAUCGCGGGCAGGUAUAUGAACUUGUCUAUACAUCGGAGAAUACGCCGAAGCUAGCCUUCGAAAACCUCCAGUCUGUUUUGGUGGAACUGUACGGCGCGUGCAUGGAGUUGCUUGCUAAUUCAUCAAAGCUAUUCACGAAGAAUACCGCAGAGCGAACUGUGCGUUCAAUUCUACACCCGGGAGACACCGCAGACAUCUUCUCAAAAUUGGUCCAGCUGGAGACCAAACUUAGCCACGAAGUUCAGGUGUGCGAGAGUGGACGGAGCGCUGCUACCGAUGCCGAUUAUAAUCUUAUUAUUAGAAACAUUAUUAUUAGCUGUUUUCUAACUCGACUCGACGAGAGGGUUUGCACUCUUCUGGAAAAAGUCAACGAAAAGGAGCAGCUCGAGAUCUUGGAAUGGAUCUCACCAAUACCCUAUAAAAAGCACCAUGACACGGUCAAGGAGGCUCGAACAUCCGACACUUGCGAGUGGUUGCUGCAGAACAAGAGAUUUCGUGAAUGGGAAGAUACCAGCUCGUCUGUGAUCCUGUGGCUUCAGGGUUCUCCUGGUGCCGGUAAAACCUUCCUCACUUCUAAAGUCAUCGACCAUGUUCAGAGCCGACUCGAACUUUCGCCAAACCACGAAGCGUUCGCGUUCUUCUACUGCAAUCGGAAUGAAAGUGAACGCCGAGAUCCUCUUUACGCCCUUCAAAGUUAUGUUCGCCAGCUAUCAACGACCGCAAGAAACUCCGGAGAUAUACGCUCAGAGCUUCGAGCUCUCCGUCACGAAGUGAGGUCAAAGGGCGGAUCAGACCUUAGCUUUAACACAUGCAAAGAGCAGCUGUUAGAGUCUGUGAAUCUAUACCCAAAGACUACUCUUGUACUCGAUGCCCUAGAUGAAUGCGAACCGGACUCACGUAGCCGACUUAUCGACACGAUAGAAUUUCUGUUGUCCGAAUCCAAGAGGCCACUCAAAAUUUUCAUUUCAAGUCGGCCCGACGGCGAUAUUAGGGCCCGCUUUCUUUCUCGACCCAACAUCGAAAUCCAGGCCACUGAUAACCAAAAUGACAUUGAAAAAUUCGUCAAUGCAGAGAUGGUCAAACAUCCACUUUGGGAAAAGAUAUCUCUGUCGCUGCAGGAAGAAAUUAUCCAAACCCUUCUGAAGCGUAGCAAUGGAAUGUUCCAGUGGGCAUAUCUACAGACAAAGCAGCUUCUCAAACUCAAGACAAGACAGGACUUAAAAGUUCGGCUUGGUAAACUUCCUAUUGACCUUAAGGAUACAUACGACGAAAUAUACUGCAAAAUAGCCGAAAGCGAACAUGGCAAAGAUAUUGCAGACCGAGCUUUCAUGUGGCGGAAGGUUUGGAGAUUCUCCCAUCUCUCGGUCACGGAGUAUUUCGAAAAGCACCACUGGGGCGUUCAUCAAGCCCAUGGUCAUAUUGCUAAGGUCUGUCUCAAGUUCCUUAUCCAGACAUACAACGAAAUAGACAGUGGGAGCAAGAUCGAUAGCUUGGAUAAUGAGGACACUUCCGAACAAGAGGACGAGAUUCCUGAUCUUGGUUCGCUUGAGAUAUUUGAUCUAAGGCACCCAUUUCAAAUGUAUAUCGGGCAUCACUGGAUAGUUCACGUCCAGACUCAAGAGGGAAAAGGAGCUGACCCUAUAUUGACUCGUCUUCUGAAAGACUUCCUUGGGUCUCCCAAUGAAAGCAGUCUACAAUAUCGGGCAUGGUAUCGCCAGAUUGCCUCGGAUAAAUGGCCCGAACCAUCGACAUCUGCUUUUUAUCAUAUUAAUGAGGAGGAAAUUUCUCCAGAAAGUGCUGCUAUUUUGUCAAUGUGCCGCUUCUCGCUAUAUACCCCUCUGUUGGACUGGUGGGACAACGCAGAAAUCGUGUUCGGGACAAUUGAGAUUGUUAAUUUUUUAAUUGAGAAAGGGGCUGACGUGAAUAUGCCGCUACAGAGUGGGAAAUAUGGCAGUGCCCUUGUAGUAGCGGCAUACGGAGAAAAGCUUGAGAUUAUUGAGUUUUUAUUGCAGAAAGGGGCGGACAUAAAUAUGCAGGUACAGACUGGAUAUUAUAGCAGCGCCCUCGCAGCGGCGGCAUGGAGUGGAAAAACCGAGAUUGUCAGCUUUUUAGUCGAAAAAGGGGCAGACGUGAAUACAAUAUUACAGGAUGGGGAGCAUGGCAGUGCUCUUGCAGCAGCAACAUAUAUGGGAGAGCUAGAGACUGUCGUGUUUUUGGUGCAGAAAGGGGCAGAUGUGAAUAUGUCACUCCAAGUUGGCGAUUAUGGCAAUGCCCUCAUAGCUGCUGUAGAAGGCGGAGUAUUCGAAGUCACAAAGUACCUUCUCGCAGCAGGUGCUAAUGCUAACCAGCAUACAUUGAUUGGAAGAUACAGCACUCCUUUAGUUGCUGCCGCCUAUUUGGGGAGGAAGAAGUGUGUGGAGGCCUUGAUUGAAGCUGGAGCAGAAGUGAAUGUAAAGCUGGAGAGUGGAUCUUUCCGCACUUGUCUCCAGGCUUCACAAUCAGAUGUAUCACCAGAGGAUCGAGAGCGAGUAUCGUGGGAUAAGAGGAGUGAAGAGGAUUUGGAACAGGAGAAAGGCGAAGUAACAGAAUUGCUUCAACGUUAUGGUGCCACAGAAAUUUAA